GUGUGUGUGUGUGUGUGUGUGUGCGUGUGCGUGUGCGUGACCAAAGAGGCUGUUCUGCUCUCGCUGCUUCUCCUCAUGUCAGGAUCAGACGUGUGUGUGUGAGUAGACAGAGUGUGUGAGUGUGUGGAGCUCAAGCACCUCUCAGUGUUUAGUGUUCCUGCUUCAUCUUCCAGUGUGUGAGGUCACAGCGCCUCUGGAUACGGGACUUUCUGGGCUUUCUUACAGCAGGACAAUCUGGAGGGAAAGGAUGGUUCAGUAGAAAAAGCGGCUGAAGCCUGAGGUGAGAAAAUAGAGACGAAAGCACAAGAAACGCUUAAGUCUUCAAGAGGCCUCCAGAAAGCGCCAACAUGAACCCCAUUCGGAAAGACAUGGAGCUGCUGAGUAACAGCAUGGCUACUUACGCCCAUAUAAAAGCCAACAUGGAGAGCUUUGCGCUGUACUUCAUGAUGGGCGUAUGUUCAGGUCUUCUCCUGGCGCUGGUGCUCCUCAUACUGGGAAUCACCUGUCGGCCGCAUCCAAAGACAAAAACACCCUCCACACCUGACAAGAAAAGACUGAAGGAGUCCAGCGAGGAGGAUGAAGACGACGACAAGGAAGAAGAUGAACUUGAUGAAGGAGAUGAAGAGGAUCUAGAGGUGCCAGUGGUCACCGUGAGUCCCAUGAGUGAUCAAACACAACUGAACGGCACUAUAAAGAGCGUGAAUGUGUUCGCUUCAGCAGAGGAGCUGGAGAGAGCCAGAAGACUGGAGGAGAGAGAGCGGAUAGUCAGGGAGAUCUGGAGGAAUGGACAGCCGGAUAUACUGAGCACAGGCACACUUGGAAGAGUUCACUAUCACUAGUGGGUUAACUUGUGGAUGAUUUACGCACAAGGAGCCACCAAGACAGGAGGUGUUAAACUCAGCUCCUGGAGGGUCAUUUCCUGCAGUUAAAGGGUUAGUUCAUCCAAUAAUGAACAUUUACUCACCUCCAAACCUUUAUGAGUUUCUCUCUUCUCUUGAACACAAAAGUAGGUAGCUUAAAGAAAGCUGUGAACAUUGACAUCCAUGGAAGGAAAUACUACUAUGGAGGUCAACGGUUACCAGUUUUAACUGUCCUCAAAAUAUGUUCAGCAUAAGAUAGAAACUGAUAAAGGUUUGGAACAAGUGAAGAGUAAAUGAUGGCAAUUUUCAGAUGUGAGUGAACUAUCCCUCUAACAGUAAUGCACGUGACCAAGCUGAUCAAGGUUUUUAGGAGUGCUCAAAGAAAAAAGGGUGUGUUAAGUGCUGAACUCUGGAGGACAAUGGCGAUAUGUUCCUAAAACAAGCAUGUCCAGUUCUGCUCCUGGAGGGCCAGAAUCUUGCAGAUUCAAGAAAUGAGCUCAAACUCCUAUAGACGUUUCUAAUCUCAAACCAUGUUUCUGGUGAGAUACUGUGCUGGAGAGAUGCAAUUGUUCAAUUUUUGCACUGACCAAGAAACAGAAUUUGUUUGUAAAACUUCCGCAUUGCCUAACAAACUUUGCAUUUGCUUGCAAAACUUGCAACGAAACUUUGUGUUUGCGCAAACAACCUUUGCUUUUCCUAAAGAAACCUUGUUCGCUUGCAAAUCUUAUGUGUUUCUGGAGAAAGGUUUGCUAUUUGUACACAAACGUGUCUUCUAUAAUCCUGGGAAACCAUGGGUCUGUUCUUCGUACGUGGAUUACUCAAUUGGCUGGAUUUGGUUAUUGACCAUUUGACAAUGCAGGAUCGUUUCGUUCUAUAAAGCUUUCCCGAGAUUUGUUGUGGCAACAGUUCUGGUAGCUCAAACCUGCACUGGAACAGGUUUAUUUCAUGUAAACAGGAUUGGGUCUUUUCAAGGAAAAGUAAUCCUGAAAGUAUGUAACAAAUGCUGAUAUUUUCUUACAGUAGUAGUUAGACCAUUGUAAGGGAAGUAAACAAUAACAAUGGUCCUGACGUAUUUCCUGUUUUACAUUUUAAAUUUCCAUAGCUUCUGAGAGUCCAAAAAGUUCCACAUAUUGAUAAAUAAUGUUACAAUAGCUGUUAUAACAUCAAAAUAUGAUUGAAUCGUCUUUUGUUAUAGAUAUGAAAUAGUUCGACAAGCAGGAAAAUGUUCAUGGGCCAAUGACGUCAUCACAUUAAAAUGUCUAGUUACAGUAAAAGAAAAUCUAUAAAUAAAAUGUAUGAAAUCUGCACUGCGAAAUAAAAAGUACAAUAAUUUUCAUGGGGUGAUUCUCCCCAAGUGGUUUGAAGAGAAUAUGUAUUAAUAUCGACUUUUAGUUACAAACGUGUACCAUUUUAAGUUACCGACCCAGCUUUAGUAUGAUUUGUGUAUGAUAACAGAUAUAACCAAAAUUCAACAGUUUUUUUUUUUUUAAAGGAAUAAUAUUUUAUGCAGUCAUGCAUGUGUUUUGACAGCUAAUAUUCUGGUGAUUUGAUGCUUCGCAAAAGUUGCAGACACCCUUACUGAUUACAAAUAGCAGCCAGUUAUUUCUUACGCUGAUUGAAAAACUUCAAUAAGCCUAGGCUACUAUAAAGAGUAAAAAUCUGUAAAACUAAAUGCAUUGCUAAAUACUUUUGACACAUAAAAGUGUAAAGCCUGCAGCUCACAACAAAUGUGGAAAGUUAUUGCGUAUCAUAUUUAACAAACCGUUUACUACGAAUUUUAUGUAAUUUUGCUCACAUGGAUAACUGAAUAUUAAUCAGAUGAUGUCAUUAUGCUGCUGUGCCGUCAGCCAAUCGUUGCAUUGCAGGUCAUGAUUUCGAGGAUCGAUAGAUCUGUUCUUCACAACACACACAGCAAUCUCAAAUCAGUUUAUCCACACAUUUUAAUCUGAUUCGCGAACUUGUUUGAAGAACCAAAUUAGCCAGAGAUCAGUUAUCAAGAUUAAAAGAUCCAGGAUCUGCCAAAUCAUCUUGGAUCAUUUAAGUGAGGUACGAAGAACGGACCCAUGUUUACUUGCAAACCUUUUGCAUUCCCUGAAGCAGGGGUGUCCAAACUCAACCUGGCGGGCCGGUGUCCUGCAACUCCAACUUUCUUCACACCAGCCUAAAAGUUUCUAGUAUACCUAGAAAGAGCUUGAUCAGCUAGUUCAGGUGUGUCUAAUUGGGGUUGGAACUAAAAUAUGCAGGACACCGGACCUGCAGGACUGAGCCAGAGAAAGUACUGAAGUAUAAAUUUCUAGAUUUCCCCCAUCAAAACACCACUGUUAGAUGGGAUUUUGGUGUUAUAUACCUUUAAAAAUAAGAAGGCCUCCAUAUUUGAUUUGCAUACUUUUGAGGUUGGUCUCACAAGCCCUUGCUUGUCUUCAGAGUAAUCAUUUGUAAGCACUGACAGAUCCUUUUAUACGUCUUCUACAUACAUUUUGAAGUAAAUGGGUAUUUAUGCUGUUUUUUUAAAAUAAAAUCACAGCUUUAUACCAUUUGUCCCACAUGGUGCAAAUUAUAAUAAGUGGAAAUUAUUAUAAUGGAAAAAGCCUUCUUCACUCAUAACCUUUCAUCAAGUUAAAGCAAGGUAUUUUGCACCAUAAUCAAAUGGGUGUUCUUUGUAAAAGUUAACAUGAACAGAACAUGAAAAAAGGCAAUUUUAAAAUGCACUUUUACUCACCAAUUCUCAUCUGCUGGUGUAAAUAAAGUGCUGUCCAGUCCUGCUUGUAGAACAACUUCAACCUUGAUCAAACACACCUAAACCAACUAAUCAAGAUCUUCAGGAUUACUAAAAACUUUACACAAACAAGUGUAAAACAAGAAUUGGUUAACUCGUAUGCACUAUAACAUGCACAAUAUAUUAAGCAUCAAUAUCGCAAUGUGUCCGCCCACAAGUCACAUCGCAAAAUAUGCAAUGUUGAGUAAAGGAUUACAAUCGGGCAGGAUCCACAGUUCAAAACUCUUGAGAUGUGUACGUUUAAGAGCAUUUCAAGAGAAUUUAAAGCACUUUAACAGCGCAUAAAGAAGUUUAAGAACUGGGUUUCUGCCAGUUUCAAUAAGUAAAAUUUAAGACUUUUUAAGCUCCUUUUAAGACCAUUAUGAAAUAAAUU